GUGUAGUAAUAUUCAGUGGUGAGUUUUGAGCUGACUCACCGGCGCGGUUUUUUGUUGAUAAAUAAAAUUAUUUACUUCAUCGUGAACAUUUCCAACGUGAUAUUUCUUGUGGUUUUGUUAUUGAUUUUUACGAAAAUUUGUAUUACAUCUUUUGUGGCAGCAUCAGAACUUUGUUUCUGAAAAUAUCUAAAGGUGUAUGUUUUACUUGUUAGUUUACAAUCUUUUUAAAUAAUGUCAAGUGUUGUAAUACAAUCUAUCGACAGCUUCAGUAGUGAGGAUACGAAUUUUCCGGCAUCGAACCUACUCGCGAAAGAUGCCCGCAAAUGGAAAAGUAAAGAUUCAGGGGAAAAAAGUGCCUACGUUAUUCUACGUCUCGAAAAGGCAUUCUGUAUCAGUGGUGUCGACAUAGGAAAUGAGCAUUCCGCGUUCGUUGAAGUAUUGGUAGCUAAGAGCGGUCCAUCGAAUCCGGAAUUCAAGGAAAUACUACUAACGUCAUCAUUUAUGACCCCGAUCGAAAGCCGUAACUCCACUAGCGUUAAUCGAGUAAGAUGCUUUACACAAAAGGACCUUGUAGAGCCAAUCGCACGGGAAAAGUGGGACCUGGUAAAAAUCAUCUGUACCCAGCCAUUCAAUAGUCGAGUUCAAUACGGAAUUGCAUUCAUUAAAUUGCACACAACGUGCAACGAUACACAGCGUCGAGAAAAGCUGCUUGUACCUGAAAAAUUUCAACAGCAAAUUAAUUCGAUCUCGCAAAAACCGCCAGAAGCGCCAACGGUUAUAAAAUUGGGAAGAUUUACGAUUAGGGAAGAAUCGCCUGACUCUGACGGAGGCAAUACGUCAUCGACAAACUUGUUUGCUCGGUGGAAAGAGUCACGUACAGGAGGCUCACCAAUUUCUUCAGUAGAAACAAAGAAAGUUACUCCGCACCUUUCAACAGCCGCUGCAAUUCGUGACGCUUCUAAGCCAGCCUCUUUGAAAAACAAUCCCCCAACGCACGUGGUUAAGAAACCUGUUACCGUAACCCACAAAGCAAAACCAUUAAUCUUCGAUGAUGACGAUGACGAAGAGGAAGUACCGAAGCUGCUUAAUCGAAAUCGCGAAUCUCUAUUAUAUGAUGAGGAAGACGAUAAACCAAAUGCAAAGUUGGAGAAGAAGUUGAUGGAAGAACGCUCUCGAAAGGAACGCGAGAAGCUAGCCAAAGAAAGUAAAGAACUACGAGAUCGAGCGUUAGCAGAAAAGAAGGAAAAGCUUCACGACACAUCGUCAUCCAAAUUCAAAGACUUUCUAAUCGACGCACCGGCGUCAAGCUCCUCCACGCAAGUUACGCCUUCACGGACUAACAAAAAGACUCCCUCGCCGACUAAAACUAACAAUUGUAAACCGCUAGUAUCACCGGAGCAAAAACGCCAUGAUUCAAAAGAGCAUCACAAACACGACGAUCGAGGCAGAGAACGAAACAAACGGUCUUCUGAAACAUUCGGUAACCGUGCCAGGGAUGAAGACCGGUCUGCUGCGAAGAAACCAAAGCGCCAGCAAAGUGUCGAUAGGCAGGAAACCGGUGCGAUAAGCAACAAAAAAGGAAACGUUCCAAUCUACAAGCCCUUUAAUAAAUUGUUGGAAAACGUAGUUUUGGUCAUCAGUGGCAUACAGAAUCCAGAUCGAGCGAACCUUCGAAGCCAAGCACUAGCCAUGGGUGCUAAGUACAAAUCGGACUGGGACUCCAGUUGUACUCAUCUGAUUUGCGCCUUCAAAAAUACUCCUAAGUACAACCAAGUACACGGGCAUGGGAAAAUUGUGAAAAAAGAAUGGAUCGACAGAUGCUUUGCUCUGCGAAAGCGUAUCUCAUGGCGCAAAUUUGCGCUAGACUCGGAUGAUGCCCAACAGUCUGAUUCCGAACCAGAAAUCAUUGACGCAGCUAAAAAACCUCCGGAAUUAGACCGGAGGAGAGCUUCUCACGAACCUGAAGCUAAACAUCGGGAAAACGAAAAGAGCGUUACAGAGACAGAAGAGGAAGUUUUAGCUCAUUACGACCUGGACGACGUGGUCAUGGUUGAAGAGCGAAAACCAGAAAGCUACGUGAUUUCCGGUUCCGAUACUGAGGAAGAAAUCGAACGUGUUAAGCAAAAGCAGAAGCUAAAAUCAGACGGAAAUGGGACGUACGACAAGAGUACCGAGGAUGAAGAACAAGCCGCGCCUGGAGAAACUUCUUCAACCGAAUUGCAUUUUUUUGACGGAAAGAUAUUUUUCAUUGACGAUGGAGUCGGUGCGGUAGAUUCUAUCAAGCUGAAACGAUACGUGGAGUUGUACAAGGGAACCAUAACCGACAGCGCUAACAAAGCACAUUAUGUCGUAACACGCCAGAAAAGGCCUAUGGCGGAAAACUUCAGCGGUGAACUCGUGAAACCUCUGUGGGUGUAUGAAUGCCACGACAUGGAAUGCCUCAUACCCGUUCAACGGUAUCAACUAUAAUCGAAGUAUUAAUUGCGUUUUAUUUGUUUCCGAUAACUAUUGAUUUGAAUAUGAAAAUCACUUCAAA